AUGCUGUAUUCAUCAAAUGAGACAUAUAUCCAAGCAGACGCAGAUUCAAAUACAUUCCAGCCGUUCAAGACGAUGAACUCGGUCAUAGCCCAGAGGCUCAACGAGGAACUGGAGUCAUUGCCCGAAGAUGCCGAAGCACCAAUCGCCCUGGUCGGCGCCUUGACUAAGAGUCUUUGCACUAUUAAUCGAAGAAGUCACCCAUCGGACACGUUGAAUGCAACAUCUCCCAACCCGUCCAAGCUUCCGACGCCAAGACUACUCGUAAUAUCUGUUUCGCCAGACCUCUCUGCAUCCUAUAUCCCAAUCAUGAACUCGAUAUUCUGCGCACAAAAGCUGAAACUAUCAAUAGACGUUUGCAAAAUCUUUGGCCCCGAUAAUACUACCUUUUUGUCACCUCCAGCAGUUCGUCGUUUGAUGGCAGUUCCGACUGAAGACAGGAUCGACCUACGAGCUGCGUGUUUCUGCCACAAGCAAAUUGUGGACAUUGGCUUCAUUUGCUCGAUCUGCCUAUCGAUAUUUUGCAAACCCACUCCCGUUUGCUCGACAUGCCGAGUCAAAUUCCCGAUCAAAACACUCCAACGGCUAAAGGAAGCGGUCAACCCGGUAUUACCUCCCAAUAUUCCAGCACCAAAGCUUCCAGCAGAAGCCCCGCCCGCCACCCCUCGCGUAAUGCCGCCAUUCUCCAUGCCGCACCCAGGCUUUAUGCCAGCAGGCCUGUUUACUCCCAAAAAGAUGAGCAAGAUCCCCAAGCCCGCUCCGCGUGUGCCACCUAGUAUGAAAUAA